AUGGAGAAGCUGAAGAGAACACGGGGCCACUCUAAAUGGGUCACGGAGACUGAAGACGGGCGGUCCGAGCCUCGCUCUCGCCGCCGGAGGAGCUGGCUGUGGAACCAGUUCUUUGUGAUCGAGGAGUACAGAGGGCCUGAGCCUGUGCUCAUUGGGCGGCUGCACACAGAUAUGGACAAAGGAGACGGACGCACUAAGUAUAUGUUGGAGGGGGAGGGGGUGGGCUCUGUGUUCGUUAUUGACGGCAACACAGGCAACAUACAUGUCACCAAGUCUUUAGACCGCGAGGAGAAAGACCAGUACCGCCUCAUCGCAACAGCUACAGAUCGUCAGACCGGCCGAGCCCUGGAGCCCUCAUCUGAGUUCAUCAUCAGAGUUCAGGACAUCAAUGACAACCCGCCUGUUUUCCUUGAUGAACCCUAUGUUGCCAUGGUGCCAGAGAUGGCCAACAUAGGCACGUCCAUAAUCACAGUCACAGCCAGAGAUGCUGAUGAUCCAACAUAUGGAAACAGCGCCCGGCUGGUGUAUGCCAUCACUCAGGGCCAGGACUAUUUCUCUGUGGAUCCUCAGACAGGCGUCCUGCGGACAGCUGUACCUGACAUGGACAGAGAGACACGGGAUGAAUAUCUGGUCGUCCUCCAGGCCAAAGACAUGGGCGGGCAUCUGGGCGGAUUAUCAGGGACUACCACCAUCACUGUGAAGCUGAGCGAUGUCAACGACAACCCCCCUCACUUCAGAAGGAGUGCGUGGUCAUUCUCUGUGUCGGAGCUGGCGGCGCCAGGUGUGGAGGUGGGCCGCCUCACUGCCACUGAUCCAGACCUGGGAGAAAAUGCACAGCUGGAGUUCACAAUCCUGGAUGCAGAGGAGGCCGAGGUAUUCAAUAUAACCGGAAGAGACCAGGAGGCUGUGAUUGUUCUAAACAAGCUGCUGGAUUAUGAAACCCGUAACUCCUACACUUUCUCUGUGGAAGUUGCCAACCCUAUAGUGGAUGCACGGUACCUAAGGAAAGGUCCCUUUAAGGACCAGGCAACAGUCCGGGUCAUGGUGCUUAAUGCUGAUGAGCCGCCGCGAUUCUCUCAGGCUCGGUACCAUCUGGAUGUGUCUGAGAACUGCCCCCCUGUCUGCUCUGUUGGCCGGGUGCACGCUGUGGACCCAGACACAGGACAAAGCGCCAACAUCAGGUACUCCAUCGAUCCCCAGUCAGACCCCGAGGCUCUGUUCCGCAUCGCCUCUGACACGGGCUUUAUCAACACAGUGAUGGAGUUGGACCGCGAGCAGGAGCAGUGGCAUAAUAUCACUGUCAUCGCCACACAGAGGGACAAUCCAAAUCUUGUGUCAAGGGUUGUGGUUGCCAUAGAGACACUGGAUCAGAAUGACAAUGCGCCGGAGUUGGACAGACAGUAUACAACAUCUGUAUGUGACUCCAGUGCCCCGGGUCAGGUAGUUCAGGUCCUGCGAGCCAUCGACAGGGACCAAGGAGUGCAGGACACCCCGGUCCACUUCAGCAUCCCUCCAGAGUCCAGCUCUGCCCUCAACCUAACCAUCAGGGAAAGCGGAGGUGUGACAGCCAGCCUGGUGCUCCAGUCAGCCUUGGAGCCCCUCCCUGGCUUCUCCUCAUCCUCACUCACCCUCUAUGUGCCGGUGGUGCUGCGCGACGGUGCCUCAGGUCUGACCAACACUGGCACGGUCACUGUGACCAUUUGUCCUUGUCUGCGAGGGGGCAUGCAGACAGAGGAUAGAGGGAGACAGAGGGACAGGAGAUGGGAGAGACACAUGGUUUGUCUCCCCGUGCCUUCUGCCUCCCCGUCUCUCAUAUUCAGUUUGGUCACCUUGCUCGCCAUGCUGGCUUGUGUCACCACUCUGCUGGUGGUGUGUGCACUCUCGCUGUCAUUGCGCCAUCAGAAGCGAGACUCCCACUCACCCUUCGAGGAGGAUGAUGUCAGGGAGAACAUCAUAUCCUAUGAUGACGAGGGGGGAGGGGAAGCAGACACCGCAGCUUUUGACAUUACAGCGCUGCAGAGCAUGCACAGAAUACAGCACAUGCACAACAACAGGAACAUAUGGUACACCCAGCAGAAUGCGCCGAGGGCCAGGACGUACAGCUGGAGUCGUAACCCACGCCCCGGCCUGGACCCACAGCAGAGGCCGGGCUCGGCGCCGCUCUACGGACGCUUCUGUUACGGCAUUCACACGCUGCCUGUUCUCAGAGAUUAUCCAGUCGGGCCACUGGAGGCAGGACUGCAGCUAACACAGCUGACCCAUGGGCUCACUGGAGGUCACAUUGGCAAUUCCCUUGUCAUCCAGAACCAGAGCACCUUUGAGCCUCCGCUGCGCUCUCCUGAGAUGAGCCCUGCUAGUUACGAAGCAGAGCACACGCUGGCGAAGAGCAGAAUCACAGAGAGAAAUGAGGGCAGUGAAGCAAACGCUGCUGACACAAAAGAGAAGCAGGAUCAGGCAAAGAUAAACCCACCAGAAGCAGAGUCGACACCAACAGCCACCAACGCUGCCAAUCCGACCCACUGUGACCCAAAUGAGUCUUCAUGCCAAAGUCACACCAGCUCCUCGUCAAACCAGCAAGAGGGGCGACCGGGGUCAUCGCAGACUCAGAUCAGCACUGCAGCCACCAGCUGCACGUUAGAUGACAUUGACACUGAUUCCUCCAUCCCUUCCGUUUCAGAGCGAAAUUAUUCAAAUGGCAGUGAAAUCGGCUCUGUGAACCCUCCUGUUUACCUGAAAGGAGACACGUACAGCAUUGUUGGCUCCCUGAAUCCAAACAGCAGAGGGACGUGUAUGAACGGGACUAGCGGCGGAGGGUUGUACCCAGCGGGAGUGCAGCUACUGAACAUGUGCAGACUCCAGAGUAAGGAUUUGACCCCGCAGCCUUUGUCCUUACCUGGGGGGAUGUUUGGCAACAACAGAGGCUGGGCAUGCGGGGCGGAGCCUGCCAGAGCAGAGGCCACCAACCCGCAGCCCCUCCGUAUGGAAGACCUCCUGAAUAUCCGUCUGGACCAGGUCACCUUUGACCUGUCCCAGCCGCCCUAUGACUCACUGCAGACUUAUGAGUUUGAGGGCCGUGACUCAAGGGCUGAGUCACUGAGUUCACUGGAGAGCGACGGGGAGAAGGACGAUGGGAGAGUGGUCGGAGGGAUGGAGGAGUUAAACCAGAAGUUUCAGAGGCUGGUGGAGAUCAUCAGAGAGAGGGAGAAGGAGAAGGAGGGAGGAGGAGGGGAGACACGAGCGGCCGAGGGAGGCGAGACUGCAGCAGCUGCUCACGAUGAGACUCAUAAACAAAAGGAGGACAAAGAGAAAGAACAGCAGAGAUGGGAUUUCUAGACUGCAAUAAAAGAAAAGUUAGAGAGAGGAGAACUCUUUCAGCAGUGAUGGAUUUUAAACACAGCAGGGGUGGCAAAAUACACAGCCUCUGACAGAGAUCUCCUUGUCCCACACGCCCCUGCCAGGAGGAGAAUCCAGCAGGCUGACAGUACAGUCGAGACUUGUGGUGGAAUCAGUGCACAGCGUAUAGUUUUCACCUCCACUAUGUUUAUAAAAUGCAUAUGGAAUCUGUCACUUUUCACA